AUGACGGACUUUGUCGCAUGCCUCAGCGAUGCGGCAUCUGUGGACACCGUCGUGCGCAUCUGGAGGCCAUGUUGUGGACCAGCUGCGAUAGGCCUCUCGCACGCCCUGACUGAAACAGAUGUUCUGGAGUGGCUCACUGCACAAGGGUGUCGAACCGAUCACGACGGUUUCAUGCUGGGCUCAGACAGUCUUCAGGACCCUCUUGAUUUCGUAUGUGUUCCGCCGGCGUCUGGAUGCUGGUGGAUUGUUCGGGAAUCGGGCCGCCGUGAGUAUCUCCGGCCAGUUGCAUUGUCCCAGGCCGGAAUACCUGCGACGGUUCAGCCUAACGGCUCGGCCUGUUCUCUUGUGGCCGACUUCAGGCCACCAAGCACUAAUGCCAUGCCUGUCGGGGCUCGGGCUAGAGUCGGUGCGAGUAUCCCGGACUUGUUCGGCCUUCUUACCAGCACCGGGCUUGUGUGGGUGUCCGGUACCACUCGACCGCAGCUUCUCUUCCUUUGGGUCGGUGCGGCCCUCUCACUCGGCCGCGCAGCUACUAACAUCUUCAUUGUAUGCAUGUGGCAAGAUCGUGCGGCGGUUUUCGAAAGCAAGUCCAACCCCCUGGACUGGGAUGCCUUGAUGCAGUGGGCCAUUGCCACUUUCACUCUGCAGCCGGUCGUUCCUCAGCGAUUUUGCUUGGUCCGUGACCAACAGAUUUUUAGGUACGGCUCUUCCCUCACAGGACUGCGACACGGCCAGCUUUUCGCUGUGGGUAUGAACUUCGACCAGCAAGGUCCCGUCACGUACUUGAGUCCUUGGGAGGAGGAAGAGGAGCUGCCCGUUUUUACACGCAGCGACUGGGGCGGGCCCCUCAAUGCUGGCCCUGGAGGACAGAGGCCCCACCAGCUACCGGCUGGUAUAGCCAGUGCGUCAGCUGGGCCCACGGCCCCCACUGUGGAAGCAACUGCGGUCCCGGCUGUACCCAUCCGUGUCAUGGAAACUUGCGAAGCGGCCUGUCAAACUCCUGUUUCCCUGACCCCUAAUGACACCUCUCUUCUUGCUUGGGAAGCAGCCACACAUCAGUUGGGAGAAGCCCUCCGACUGCUCCGCAGGAUUGCAGGCCAUCAAGCGCAUAGCGACGUCACCCACUCCGCUCUGGGGCCUGCUGUGCCCUCCAACGAACCAGCGCCGGAGGCGGCGUCCGCAAGCAGCACGAUUAGGAGCACAGGAGCUAGCGGUCGGCCCGUUGGGAUCUGGAUCUUUGCCGGCAUUGUUGGCGCGUACCGCCCAGUGCUUUGGACCACCCUGCUCCUAUCAGCAUACUGCAUGUCUACUGAUGCGAACCCCAUGGACACCGACACUCCUUCUCUACCGGCGCAGGCACGGACCGUGCACCAUGCGUCCGUGCAUGGGGGCGUACCGGACUUCGCAAUCCCCACCUACGGAAACUGCCUCUCACUCGCUGUUCGUCAGGCUGUUCCGUCGCAGUAUGGCUUCCUGCAGGCGCAUCUUUCCCCCACUUGGCAGGCGUGGCAGGCAGGCCGUAUCACUCUUUUACCGGAAUGUCCGGCUCGCACUGCGGUUCGGUUUCAUAUUUACCACCCAGGCUGUUUGAGACGCCCGGUUACGGGUCGCCUUCUUAUGUCUCCGGAUUGCCUGCGUGUUUUGCUGGUGGUCUGCAGUCAGUGGGCCACGCGUGAGGGUCUCGCCCCGGUUGUUCCAGUCCACCCCCAGCCGGACCGCUCGGCUGUCCAUCUCAUUACCAGUGCCCCCCACGAGGAUCAGGUGCAUGUGCUCCUCUGGUCGCCGAGGCUUUCCGUGCCGAGCGUGCUACCCCGUAGUGUCGUGGCUGGGGAGCUAGCUGCAUUCUCUAUGGGCAAUCAAACUGGGACCGUUCUUCCGCCGGUGGGUGCAGCUCAUGCGGGCGAGUUUGCCCUCAGGGACGGAGACUGUCUGCCCUUUUGGGCCGCUGAGAGGGUGGCAGCCAAUAGCAGGGCGAGUGGAGCCUGGCUCGGGCGCUUUGUAAUGCUCUGGCUCGCGGCCCUGUCUCUCCAGUCCGAAACCGGAACCUUGUCAGCCGCGAUCAUGGCUACCUUGAUGACUCAUGCCAAAGCUAUGCAAGUUGCCACCGCCCUGCCGGAAUUCCCCCUGUACAUGAGCUGCCACAUGCACGGGAACACCCGACACUUACCUGCAGCACGCGUUGAAACUGGCGCGCCGUUGGAGCCGGAUGAUAUCCGAUAUGGCCCGCCCAGGGCUGUGACGCAUAUACUUUGGCAAGGGGCCGAUGUCAUGGUGUGUCUGCGCAUGUGUUCUUGCACUACCGUGAAUGUUGCCGAGACUGCCCUUCUUAUAGGUGUCCCCUUUGUUAUGGGCGCCUCCCUGCAGCUUGACGCGUCACCGCCUCGGCUCACAGCCGUGCACUGGCAGAUACAUCAGACCUCUAGUGCUGAUCACGCCUUCCCCCUUCUAGCCCCCAUGGUUGCCCUUGUAGCCGUCUUCUCCCCUAGGUGGGUAUUAGCGCUCGGGUUGUUUUGGGCAGGCACCUCCAUGGUGCAACAAUCUGGGGAUACGCGGGUUCAAGAGGUUCCCUUGGCAGGUGCCUUUCCGUGGCAUGAGGAUUACCACCAGCGUACCCUCCGGCCGCUAUCUGCGAGCAACACCUUCCGGCUGCGGCUGCGCACCCCCUUCGCUGAUGCCGGAGAUGUGCAUGAGGUCAGCUGCUCCUGCGAAUGGGGAUGGCUGGUCGGGUUACUCCUCAAGGAUGAGCCGCCAUGGGCACGGUCAGUUCUACCGAUCUGGCCGAACCCUUCCAGUAGUAUCUUGGAGCUGGUUGCGGUACCACCGGAUACUGGGUCCGCCUGCAUUUUGAUCGUUUCGGAGACAUGGCAGAUUUGCUUGCUGUUGCCCCGCAGAGCCCGGCUAGAUUGGUACGCUGAUGCAAUAGCGGCACGCACCCCGGGCGCUUUCGGACAGCUGUACCCUCCGGUGGCCAUUGAGCCUACAAUAAGCCAGACUGAGCAGGCAGACAGCUUGGAGCGCCUGUCUCCGACCUUAUCGCUCCGAUCGGGAGAUGUUUUCUAUGCUUCCCCCCUUGGGCACAUCCGAACUGGCCGUCGAGGGGGUGUAGUACAUAUUCAUUCUGUCUCCGCUCUUCGCCAUUGCACGCUAUGGCAGCGCUUCUUGCAUGUCAUCCCCUCUUGGGAGUGUAUUCUCUGGAGCCCCGGGUGCCAGCCUCAAGUUAUGACGGUUCCUGCCGGAGCAGAAUGGCUACCACACCUGGGCGCGUUUGAUGCUUUCCUUUCCGCAGGCAUCCAAGGCCGAUGGAUACCGUCCCCGUGGGCCUGGGGCCAGCAGGUACACAUGGUUGCCGCAUGCAGCUUGCCGCACCGAGUGCAUAUUCUGGUGCGAGGAGAGGGGCAAACCGAGUGCUUGGUAGCACCUGCCAUUGCGGAUGUGGGUUUCAUUACCCAUGUCUUCCGGCGUCAAGCCCCUGAAGGGCCCUGGACCUUGGCAGGCCAUCCCGAUGUGCUGUACCACUCUGAGGCGACUAUGCAAGUUGACUUGCGAGAUGCUGAUGUCAUCCGGCCCGGAAGUCCAGGUCGCGCAGACUCGCCAGCUCCAGCAAUCGCCUGGAGCCGCGUGUCCUUGCGGUCGGGCAGUCCUGUUGGAGCCAGCGUCCCUAAGCUGCGGCACGGAGACAUGAUUAUCGCGCGCCCUCCCGCGGCAGCUCGUGUCCCGGGGCCUAUGCCCAUCUGCCUCACGGCCGAGCAGGCGCGACACCACGCCGUUUGGUUGUUCCGUUGCCUGCCGGGGCCUCUUGGCGCCCUACGGCUGCUAGCUUUAUCACUGAAUGGAGCGGGCAACAUGCCCGAUGGGCGCCCGUACCAUGGAUACCAGAUGCGGGACUACAUCUCUGUCUGCGUUGCGACGAAGCCAAUCGUGUCAAUGUUGUGGUAUGGGAUAGGAGUCCUGUCUGUCGCCAACUGGCACGCUCACCACCACUCACCCAUGUCGUUCGCGGUACUGCUAAUAUGGACCCCUCUGAUGUCCUUCUGCGGAAUGGUGAUGUGCUUAUACCCCGCGCCUCUGUGGGCCGCUCCCCAUCGCCGGCCUCUCUGGCCUUUGCUUCUGACCCUUUUGGGGUUCCGUGGCUGCUCCCUUGGAGGAGUGGUUCCCCACUCCCUCCUUCUAUUCCUCUGGGUCUCCCAUUGUUCCCACAGCGCUUUGGUUAAAGUUUUGAUGCCCGACUCCGAGCUGCGCGCUGAGCCCGCUCUGGCGCGGUGGUGGAAGCCCUACUCAGGCGCACACACCGACUUAUGGCGCACGACACCGCCGCGAGUGACCUCUAUCGCACAAGCCAUCGCUAGGAGCUCCCUUCGACUGUGCUACCUCCGCCCCCGGGGGGCUCCAGUGUGGAACCGGCAUUCUAGCACGCGUUGGGAGGCUGACAUCACUCCUGCGGGCCAGCUGCAGGAGAAGCUGUAUGAAUACUGGUUGGCGGACGACCUUCCAACCUCCCUGCCCUCCCAAGUACCAUGGCAGCUGCAACAGGCCUGGCACGCGUACCCGCCAUGGACCAGCGGAGUUCCUGAGCAGGUCCUGAUCUCCACUGACGGUACCGGCUUGCACACGGGUGCAUGGGCAUUCGUGGUUUGGGGCUGGCACGCUGGACAGUGGUACCGGUUGGGCUGGGAACACGGCGUCGUGUGCCAACAAUGGUCAGUCGCCCCUGGGCUUCUUUCGUAUGCCGCAGAACUCGCGGCGCUACAGACUGCAGCCUUGUGGGCUUGCGUGUGGUUGGAUGCCAAUGCUGCGGCGUGGCACGCCAAGCCCACUGUUGUCACUGCCGCUGUUGAUAAUCAAGCAGCACUCGGUGUUGCAGCUGGCCAUGCCUCGGCGGCGGCUGAGUGGGCCAAGGACGCCCGUCGGGCGUGGCAAGCCCUGCAAACUCGUGUUGCUACUAGGCUUGCACAUGUCCCCGGCCAUGCAGGCUUCGUUGUCAAUGAACUUCUCGACACUCUUGCCGGUCUUGCGGCCAAAGAUGGCAACUUAGGUGUUGAGCGUCCUGUGUGUGCGCCACAUCACUCGGCGCUGUGGGCAGCGGCUGCGGACGAUCUCUGGCUGGUACCAUACGGGCGGGUGGUUGAUGGGACGAAAGUCCUUCUCCAGUGGGACAUGCCCAUGCCAGCAGAGGACAUCGUCGCCCGCGACGCCGAAACCAGCGACAGCGAGUCUGUGCCACCUGUGCCCAAGCCGGCCCACCUGGCUUUUCGAGCAGUGCAGGCAAACAUCCAAUCUAUCAAGGAUACCAUGCCGCAUUUCUUCAAUAGAACUGGCUCGGGACAGCGUCGGGCUUAUCUCCAUAAACAACUGAGGGAUUUGCAAGUGCACCUCGUCACCCUGCAAGAAUGCAGGUCCAGACAGGGCCGCUGGGUCUCCGGUGAUUUUCUGACAUGGCGCUCCGGGGCGGACCGGCAAGGACGGUACGGAUGCGAAAUUUGGUUGCGCUCGGACUGGGUCCCGCACUGCGACUCUAUGGAUGCAUGGGUCAUUGUAUGCUCCACACCGCAGAUGCUCAUCAUCAAAACUCGUGCGGUAUGCCCUCCGCUGUGCAUUAUCUCCGCUCAUGCCCCGCAUGCUGAUAGGCCGAGCACAGAGAUUUCAGCGUUCUGGGGAGCCCUGGGGACACAUCUUAGCCAUCUUCCCUCCGAUGCUACCCUCCUGCUAGGCGUUGAUGCUAAUGCCGACUUCGCAGCCUCCGACGUCGACGACAUCCUUGUCGGUCGUAGGGUUACUCUUCAGGCUCCUAGGCUCGGUGAUGACAAGCUUGCCCAACUGAGCAGACAGGCCAGGCUCGUGGCACCAGCCACUUUCACUACCAUCCACCACGGUCAUGAUUGGACCUGGCAACACGCAAGCGGCCUCAGCAAACGCCUUGAUCAUUGGCUGGUGUCCGAGGCCUACAAGAGGUUCCAGGAUGGUCUCCCCCGCCGACCGAGAGCCAAGCCGUCCCAGCCUUACCUCAGCGAGGAAGCAUGGCGCCACCUUUGCCAGCUCAAGCAAGUGCGAAGGGAAAAAGCUCUCGCAGUCGUAAGAGCCAAGCAAGCCUGGUUGGGCAGGUGUUUCCGAGCCUGGCGAGAGCGCCCAGGUGGGGCCCGCAGACUCGAUGUCUGGCGAAGGGUAGCAGUACUCUCCGGGCAGGAGAAUCGAUUACGAUACCGCCUGCACAGGCUCGGCCGGCGAGACAAAGUUGCACACAUGCAGUCACUCCUGUCUGCUGCGACUGCGUCGUGGCAUGUGCGUGGCCGUCCAGAUCAGGCGCUUCUACACCUGCGCUGGGCGUCCAGGCGCGCGGCUGACAGGCGCCGAGUCCGAGCAGCGGGCGGGUAUGAUAUCCAAGGCGAGCUACGGGAGCAGUUCCGUGGUCAGGAGCACGGAACAGUUGUCACUCCCCAGGCCUUGGCGGACACCCACGCUGCUUGGCAGAGCACCCCUGGCAAGGCCCUUCCUGAUGUAGCACCCACUCUCCUGCAAGUGGAACAACUUUGCAGGAAACAGAAACCCGCCAAAGCGCCGGGCCCGGAUGGUAUUCGCAACGGACUUUGGGCGUCCCAGCCCGCCAUGGCCGGGCGAUGGACGUGGCAGUUGCAUCUUAAGCUUGCCCUGACUGGUCGCGAACCUAGCGAUUUCAAGCAUGCGAUUGCCUGCGCGCUGUACAAGAAAGGACCGGCGGCAUUACCGGCCAACUACCGGUCCAUAGUGCUGCUGAAUGGGGUAGCGAAAGUCUGGCAUAGCCACCUGCGAAGCACUAUCGGCCGCAAGGUUGUCAACGCCUAUCAGCCACUUCAACUGGGGGGCAGGCCGGGCAUGCAUGUUGGUUAUGCACUAGCUGCCUUUCGCGUCGCGGCCGGCCUUACCGCCCAGGCUAGCAGGUCACAUAUCGCUCUGUUUGUCGAUGUGCAGGCAGCUUUCUACGAGGUUGACCGCGAGCUUCUUUUUGGAGAAUCCUCUGGAGCAGCGAGAGCGGAAGCUGUGCUGCCGUGGGUGCAGGACCUCCUGGAUAGGGGGGCCCUACAGGUCCUGGGACUUGACGAGGCUGAAAUAGCCAUGCUCCGGGAUUGUGUUCGAGGCUCUAGCUGGCUCUUGCAGGGAGACCGCCUCCCUGUGCUUGCCGCCCGCGGCAGCCGCCCUGGCGAUGGGCUUGCGGAUGUGUUGUUCGGUGCGGUAAUGACCUGCAUCAUUGCCAAAGUCAACCAAGAACUCGCAUUGGUUGGGAUCGCACAUCAUUCCAUUGCAAUUGCGUGCGCCGACGAGCAAGCUGAACCUUGUGCGAUAGCCUGGCUUGUCCUCCUGGCUGAUGUGGACCACGCAGGGGAUGUCCCUGAGACAGUGAUGCGCAUGGGUAACGUUGUCUUUCAGAUUUUCCGGGCCUUCCGCCUGCGGGUCAACACCGGCCCCGGUAAGACAGAGUUCCUCAUCGACCCGCGGGGUGCAGGGGCCGACCGGGUGAGGGGAGACAUGCUGCAAGGCACUGCCAGCAUCCCUAUCCUAGACGAGCAUGUCCGCAUCGCCUCCGAAUACAAAUACUUGGGAGUGCCUCAGCUACCACGCGACAAUGGCCGGCACGACAUUGAGAAUGCAGUCAGCCGGGGGCGAGCAGCGGAGCACGCCGCAGGCUCUCUCCUCACAAGGUCUCGGUUGCCCUGGCCAGUCCGUGAAGGUUGGGUGUCAGGUAGAAUCCUCCCUGCAGCUUAUGCCACCCUGGCCACCUCGUUGGCGCCAGGACCACGCAGUCUCAAGCCACUAGAGGGACUGCUUGACCGCAUCCGCAGGAAGAUUUGGCAGUCAUGGCAGGAGGGGCAUCACGCCGCCAACUGCGCCCUUGAGGUCCUCAUGCCCUUGCAGUCCCCACGAGAAGCCCUCUUGGUCGCUCGCUGCAGGCUUCUCAUCCAGCUUUGCUGCCAUGCACCUUCGCGUGUCUGGGACCUGUUCGAGGCCGCCUAUUAUCGCGACGCUGCCUGGCCUCAAAGUCUACUGGCUUCUGCUCGGGUCGUCUGGGCAGCAGCUGGCCUAUCCGGAGAUGUUGCUUCUGCGCUACGCCGUCAGGUGCAAGCCAACGCUGCCACUCUGCUGCGCACAUGCCGGCGCUUGAGCCGCUUCGGCACGCUCCUACGAGCAUGCCACGAUCACUGGCGGCAAGCGCUACCUGCGACUCCUCUUGAAGCCGACCGCCUGCCAGCCCCGGCUCCGGUGUCCUUCCCCUGCCGAGUGUGCCACCACCAAAGCAAAACAAAGCAUGCCUUGGCAGUACACUUGCAUCGCUCCCAUGGUGUGGUUUCGCACAGCAUGCAGUAUAUUGUCGACGCCACUUGCAGGUGGUGCCUCAAAGACUUUCACUCCACCACCCGGCUUCGAUACCAUAUUGAACACACCUCGAUGUGUAGAUAUGGGUUGCAGCACGUUGUAGGGCCUAUUUAUCAGGCCGGCGUUGCCACCAAACGGAAGGGUGCGCUAGGUCACUUGCGCGUCCCUCCACUACAAACACAGGGCCCCAGGCUGCCCACCCCUGUUGAGCGGCGAGCGUCCGAGCGUGACGCAUAUGCUACUGCAGACGACUUGAGGCAGGAAAGGGAGGACUGGGAGGCGGCCGAGCGCCAGCAGGCGGCCCAGGACCAGCUUGGGCCAGCUGCUCUUGAGGACGUCACUGCGCCGUCCCCCCUAUGGUCUGGCUUGGAAAGGGACUGCUUGUGGCAUAUCCGGCUGGAUUGGUGUCCGUACUGGCAUAUUUGGGCAUGCUGCGCGCACACUGCUUGGCAAACUCAAGCCUUCUGGGAUGCUGCCCGCUCCUUGCGGAUGGAAGUUUUGGGACCGGGGCCUGUCCCUAUCUCUGAGAAGAUACGCAGCCACGGCAAGCGUGAUGAGUGCACCUCAGCCAGACAGGCAUAUCUUCGGCACACGAACUCCCUCAUGCGCUUGACCGAGUGCAUUGGUGAUAGGGGCGCCCUGUGGUGGGCUGGUGACCUCACGCAGGCUGUACGUACUGUCAUGAACGCCGUUGCCCCUGGCCUGUCGCUUCUCGCCGUCAUGGUUGCGGGAAGGAAGUAUGUGCUGGUGUCCAGACGGCAGCAUGCCGCCCUCUCCUUUGAGGAUGCUGUGGCAGCCGGCCUCCUGGCGAAUACCGCUGGUCGA